AUGGAUUUGCCCUUGCACAUAAACCCACUAAUUUCCUCAUUGCGUCCCCGCCUCCGCUUGCCCUUUCACCCCUUAGACUACUUACUAUAAUACUGCACCGUCCCUAGCCCUGCGUACUCCUCAUCUAACUCAUCCCUCACAACAACAACCCCAACAACAACCACCACCAAAAUGCCCCCCUCAACUAAAUACACCAUCCGCCGCGCCACCGAACCCGACGCCCCGCACCUCGCCCACAUCAACAUCACCGCCUUCGAGCCCACCCCGUUCUGGCGCAACCUGUUCCCCGCCCUCGACCGCCGGGCCACCUACCCGCUCAAGCUCGCCCGCACUCUGACCAAGCUCGCCGACGGCGCCUCCCACCUCCUCGUCGCCGAGGAUCCCGCUACGGGCGCGGUGGUCGGCUACGCGCGCUGGACGGUCCCUGGCCCCCCCGCCCCCGCAAGCUCCGGUGCAAGUGCCCUCUCCCCCGCCAACCAAGACCUCGUCACCGCCUUCCGACGGGCCGGGGACGGGGCCCUCCCCCCCGGCACCAACCUGGCCGUCCACUCCCGGUUCUGGGGGGAUUUGGAGCGCUUGAAGGCGAAGUAUCUACGGGAGGGCGAUUUUGUCCUCGAAUUCCUGGCGACGCUACCCGAAGCACAAGGCCAAGGCGUGGCGUCGGGGUUGCUGCGGUGGGGGUUGGAGCGGGCGGAUGCGCGGAAUGCGCGGGUGUAUCUGGAGGCGACGGAGGAAGGGUACCCCGUUUAUCGGAAGUAUGGGUGGCGGGAUCUGGAGGUGUUGGAGUUGGAUUUCGCGGAGCUGGGGGGCCGGAGCGAGCGGCAGCGGUGGGUGAUGAUGAUGCGGGAGAGGAGGGAUCCGGCUGGAGAGCAGAGCGGGGGAUUGGGGAAAUAAUGGGGUUGCUUUGCAACAAGGGUUUUGGGGGUGGGUUCUUGUAUAUAGCUUGUUGACCUCGUGUUGAGGUGAGAGAAGUAGAGUUUGGCUUUGGAUUGCAUCCUAUCCAAUUCAUGAGGCCGGCCAGUUGUCCCGCCAAGAGGAGGUAAGUCAGUGCUCGCUGUGAAUGAGU